UUGCUCCGCGCUCUCUCUCUCUCUCCCUCUCUCUCUCUCUCGGCCAACUCUCCCUCCCUCCCAUCACCCAAUCCUGCCACCGCUCUCUUCCUCCCAAUCCCUCCCCUCCGGCCUGUUCCCUACGGUUGGGUGGGUGGGGUGAAGCCGUCACGUUGUUGUUGCCAAUCCCCAGUGAAUGGCAUUUCCUUUGAAUUGUACGGCGCUGGCCCAGGGUCCGGGGUCAACUGUCCGGUGGCAGAGAAAGAUUUUAAAGCAGCGACCGUUCCCUGAAAGCGACCCCUCUGAUAGCCGUGCGACAGAACAGUUGCCCCGUGGUUUCCUUGGCUCUGCUCGGCUCAGUUGUUUUACACACUCACUUGUUGACAAGUGUGAGUGAUUGCACCGGCAGGCGAGUGUUGUCCGUCCGAAUGUGGCGAAGAAAGUAAACGGAAAGUGUUUGAAGGAUUUGCAGCCACUCGCUGAACCAGCCAUGGGCACACUCGGUCUCACACUCACCGCGCAUCUCCUGGUAAAUUCCCGCUGUUUCUAUCAUGGGUUGACUGGCGAUUCCUCACACGCGGAGGUUUGUUUUCCCAAUUGCAUGAAACCGACUGGAAGCGGAGGGGCUGCGGCACUUUGGGCGGACGCUGCCCACGCCUUCUGGUUGAAAUGUCCCCCUGUAAUGAACAUCGACAUUUCCGACUACCGCGGAUGUCCCGCAGGUGAUCACAGACUGGAGAAUUGCUCUCAGACUCUCUCUCUCUCUCUCUCGUUUCUUCCAGGUAAUCCAAGAAAGCGAGCGAGUCGAUAUUAUCUUGUGUAGCAGAAAAGUUCCUUCUCCCAGAGGGAAGAUUUUGGUAAUGCAAGCAAGAGUGGGACUUCGCAUUUCUUUGAAGCCCUUUCCCAUUACUUGGACAAUCGCUUCGCUGGAGUUUCCACCCCAAUGACUUGCCAAGAAGCAUCGGACGAUGUGAAUUCAAUGCGGACUGGCCGGGGUCCCCAGAUAGAGGCGAGGGCGUCGGAAAGCGAACAGGACCGCAUUUCGGCAGCCAUGGCGGAUCUUCAGAGGACAGGAUGGUAUUGGGGAGCUCUUAAUGCAAAUGAAGCAAAUGAGAAGUUAAAGGAAGCCGCUGAAGGAACUUUUCUGGUGAGGGACAGUUCGCAUCGUGAUUAUUUUCUCACCAUUUCUGUAAAAACUGUUUUGGGACCAACCAACCUGAGAAUUGAAUACCAAGACGGCAAAUUUAGACUGGACUCAGUGAUUCUUGCAAAACCAAAGCUUCAGCAGUUUGACAGUGUGGUCCACUUGGUGGAAUAUUACGUAAUCUUAUGUCGGAUGAUACAGAAUGCCCAAUGUCUAACUCCCCAGAACGGAGACGUCCAGCUGCAGCUGACCAAACCAUUGUAUAAUGAGACUCCCACUUUGCAACAUUUCUGCCGUAUUAAUAUCCAUAAAGCAACCAAAAAGAUUCAUGAACUUCCUUUACCAACCAAACUGAAGAAGUACUUGUUGGAAUACAAGUAUCAGGUUUAAAACUUUCUAUAGAGGGAGGAAGUCCAGGAGAGAAAUUAUGUUCAAAGUGCCUCCCCCAGUCAGGAACUUGGUUCCUGUUUGAUUGUUUUGUUUUUUGUAAAGUAUUGUCUGAUCUUAUCACCUCUGGGUCUUUCUAGCCAACUAUUCUGUUCAUUCUUUUACUGGAAUGGGAUGUUCAGGAAUUGCAGCAGCAAAAUUGAUUCAAUCAGAAUGUUAUUUGGUUACUAACUGAUCCAAUCUGAAGCAACCUAACCAUGGAAAGGCCUCUAGCAAUUAAGUACUGAAUAGUGUUACCCUUGGAGUUGACUUUCCCUUUGGAUUUUAUUGUUUGGGACAUCUUGAUUGAAACAAUUAACUGAUCUGCAUUACAUUUUUCAAUCAUGAUUGAUCUUGGUUUAAUCACAUAUUAGAUUGAUACACAUCACUGCUAUUUAUUCAUGUACCAGAUAUUCCUCUUUCAGUAUACCAAGUUUGUUAUAUGGAUGUCUGUUUGCCUAUAUCUCAACUUGCUCCUUACUGUUGGAGGGGGUGAUUUUGCUGCUUGGUCAAAGAGUUUUUGGCUCAAUCACCUUUAUCUCCUUCAUCAUAAGUUCAGAGUGGAGAUGUUUACUGAUUACACAAGGUUAUUUUCCAUUUACAGCUUCUUAGCAAAUGAAGCAAUCUGUACCUUCAAGCAGCAAGUCGUGGACAACAUUCAGUCUGGUUGACAUAACACAAAACAACUGCCAAGCAAUGACCAUCUCCAACUACACCUGGCCAUAAUAUUCAACAGCAUUACUACCACCAACCUGUGGGCUGGCCUCCCAUCUUGCACUUUCCACAAAUUCCCACUCUCACAUUCAAAUGCCUACAUGGCCCAUCUCUGUUCUCCUCCAAGUUGCUGCCAUUUUUGGCCUCAUGCCCUUUUGCUGAUUUUCAUCAAUCCACCGGUGCUGUGGAUCAGUCCAAGGAGUGACAUCCUUGAACUUCUCCCCCACCCUCCCAUCCUUUAGGGCACUCUUUAAACCUUCAUCGUGGGCAAGUUUUCAGUCACUUGUAGCCUAUAUCUCUUUAUGUGGUUCAGUGUGAAACAUUGUCAAAUGAUGCUUCAAUAUGCAACUUCCAGAGAGGUUAUGGCAAGAGAUUGAGAAAAAUAUUACAAAAAAGGCAGACAUUGCUGCAAUUCAUAAGGAAUCGUACUUUUGAUUAAAUGUUUUGGAUCCAUUUGGUAAUUUGAAC